AUGGCGAAACCUGUAGCCAGUUGCUUCUGCCUUAUCCUUCUGGCAGUCAUUGCUGCAAUUUCCUGUGCUGCCAAUGCUGCCAGACUCCUAGACGAGCUCAACCCAACUCCCUCUUCAGCAUCAACUCUGGCUCCCACCACCGCAUUACCAAGCGGCCCAAUCCCCGCCGCCCCGGUAGAUGAUGAUGACGACUCCGACGAAGCAGCUGACCCACCACUUCCAGACACCGAAGUCACCCCUCCAGCCGUCACAGCCCCAAUUUCCAAUGAAGCACCGCCUGCUACUACUCCUCCUCCCGUCGCAGAGGAGGAAGCCCCAAUUCCUAGCCCCACCGCUCUUCCAGCAGCUCCGGCGGCGGCAACCGCAGCUACCACCGUCACAGCCACGGCGGCGGCAACCGCACCAGCUUUGUCCUUCUUUAUGCACGACAUCCUGGGCGGGAGCCAUCCGUCGGCCAGAGUAGUCGCCGGCCUAAUCGCGAGAACCGACAUCAACGGAAUCCCAUUCUCCACCCCGAACAACAACAUCUUCCCGCUCCAAGGAGGAACCCCGCUGCUAAACCCUAACAACAUCAACAACCUAAUCAACCCAAACACCGCCCCACUAAUGACCGGCCUGAACCCCGGCAGCGCCCGCUCCCAACAGACCAACACCGUCCUCCAGAACGCCGGCAGCAGCGGCAGCAGCGUCGUCAACCCGGCCAGCGGCAGCCAGCCGUUCGUCACCGCCGGCCAGCUCCCUGCGGGGCUGACCCUCCAGAAGCUGAUGUUCGGGUCGAUUACGGUGUUCGACGACGAAUUGACGGAGGGCCACGAGCUGGGGUCGGCGGUUUUGGGGAAGGCACAAGGGUUUUACCUGGCGAGCUCACUGGACGGGACCAGCCACACGCUGUCGUUGAGCUUGUUGCUGCACGGCGGGGAGAAAGAGCAUGAGGCGGUGGAGGAUACGAUUAGCUUCUUCGGGAUUCAUCGGAACGCGUCGCCGGUGUCGCACAUCGCGGUGGUGGGCGGGACCGGGAAGUAUGAGGACGCCAAAGGGUACGCGACGAUUGAGACGAUUCAGCAGGAGGAUCAGCAUGUUACCGAUGGGGUGGAUACCAUUACUCAUAUCAAUGUCUAUCUCUCUGAGUAG